CGUCCGCCUCACAGUUAGGAGGGUGCGGGUUCGAUUCCACCUCCGGCCCUCCCUGUGUGGAGUUUGCAUGUUCUCCCCGGGCCCGCGUGGGUUUUCUCCGGGCACCCCGGUUUCCUCCCACAUCCCAAAAACAUGCUUGGUAGGCCGAUUGAACACUCCAAAUUGUCCCUAGGUGUGAGUGCGAGUGCAAAUGGUUGUUUGUCUCUGUGUGCCCUGCGAUUGGCUGGCAACCGGUUCAGGGUGUCCCCCGCCUACUGCCCGAUGACGGCUGGGAUAGGCUCCAGCACGCCCGCGACCCCAGUGGGGACUAAGCGGUACAGACAAUGGAUGGAUGGAUGGAUUUUUAUUGUGUGUAUCCGUGUAACCUGGUAAAAAUCAAUUUGGCCAAAAAAAGAACCCCCAAAACUCUGUAGCGCCCCCUGGAAGUUAGCUGUGUCACCAGUUUGACCAGUCAGCUGUUGUUUGUUCCCUAAGCCCCGCCCCUCCGCCCCCACCAUUUCCUGGCUGGCAACCUGCCUGAGUAUCACUUGUACACUUUGCUCAUCUUCGAAGCAGAGGAGACCAACAACAACCUCACUUACGCUCCGAACGGAUCUCUGGUUAUAACCCGCUUUGGCGUUCGUUUCUCCUGGCGCACGUUAAACUCGACCACGCAAUUUACGAUUGUUGGCACGAUGGAGGAACUUCACGACGUCCAGCUAACAGAGAUCAAACCCCUGCUGACGACACAGAAUGGCAGAAACCUACAGGACUUCAACUGUCAGGAGUACGAUGUGGAAACCGCUCACUGUGCAUUGCAUGUGACCAUGAGAGGCGUCGCUAAGGGCAACCGGCCCACCAUCCUCACCUACCAUGAUGUCGGACUCAACCAUAAGUCGUGCUUUAAUAGCCUCUUCAACUACGAGGACAUGCAGGAAGUGACUCAGCACUUCUCCGUUUUGCAUGUGGAUGCACCAGGCCAACAGGAGAACGCACCCACCUUCCCCAAUGGGUACCAGUAUCCAUCUAUGGACGAACUGGCUGCCAUGUUGCCGUCGGUUCUCACACAACUUCAGAUCAAAAGCGUGAUUGGUAUUGGAGUCGGCGCUGGAGCUUACGUCCUCACCAAACUGGCUUUGAAUGAGCCCAGUCUGGUGGAGGGUUUAGUUCUGAUCAAUAUCGAUCCCUGCGCCAAGGGCUGGAUGGACUGGGCCGUAGCCAAGGUGAGCGGCUGGACCAGCAACCUGGUGGAUAUCAUCAUGGCACACCACUUCAGCACCGAUGAGUUAACAGAGAACAAAGAGCUCAUCCAGACUUAUAGGCUGCACAUCUCUCAGGACAUUGCGCUGGACAACUUGGCAUUAUUUUACUGCAGCUAUGACAGCCGGACAGAAUUGCAGAUAGAGCGUCCCGUGCCUGGUUUAAACGAUGAGACAGUCAACACACUCAGGUGCCAUGCCCUGCUGGUAGUUGGAGAUACUUCACCGGCUGUCGAUGCCGUGGUGGAGUGUAAUUCCAGACUGAACCCAACCAAGACCACACUACUCAAGAUGGCAGACUGUGGCGGACUUCCACAAGUGAUGCAGCCAGGAAAACUGUCAGAGGCCUUCAAGUAUUUUGUGCAGGGAAUGGGCUAUAUGCCCACAGCCGGCAUGACCCGCUUGGUUCGCUCCAGGACUCACUCGGCUUCCAGCGUGGGCUCUGGCGAUGGCGUUCGGACUCGCGCUUCCACCAACACGCUCCCCGAGGGUGGUGCGCCUCCCAGCCCCUAACCCCGAAGGGGUCCAAACAGCUCUCUCCUCUUCUCUCCAGCGCCGACUUCUUACCUCCCACCGAGAAGCAGCUGUGCAGUUUAGCCGUCGUUGUCGUUCGCAUCCCUCUCCCAUUAGCCGAGCGGAUUCUCCCAAUGAGGCGGAGGAAAAGGCGAUCUUGACUCGCUCCCUCCCUCCAGCCCUGCAGUCGCCGUGGUGAUGCUGUAGAUGGCGUUCACGUGAGGUGUUGUUUUUUUAUUGAAUGGCAGCUUGUUCCUUCGAGCUUCAGUUUGAUGGUGUUUCAGUUGUUAUUUUUUAUUGUAGCGCUGUGAAUCCCUUGUUGAAUUGUUGAUUUUAAUCAUUGUUCUUGAAACGUACAAGUUCUCGUAUGAGGGCCUCAACAUGCCCCAAAAGUUUGUUUUUUGCAGGAAAGGGACAUGUCUUGAUGAAAUGUAAUUACUUUAUUGAGCUGAGGCACAUAAUCUACAUCAGAAAAGAACUCACAAAAUCCACAAAACUGAAAUGUCACAAAAAAGUACAUAUACAGAAAUAAUGAUAAUAAUUUACUCAGAAAUUUGAUUUUCUAUGAAUGGUAACAGGUGACUAAGAGGUAACUUGUACCUUCUGCUUUCUAGUGAAAGAAAAUUGGGUUGUUACCUGUGACUAUUGAUAAACAAAUUCAUCUUUUGUGAAGAAGUCAAUUAUGGGUCAAUUUUUAAAAAUUGUAUAAUUUGAUGAGUUCUCACUGCACACGAGUAUGCCUUCUCAGCACAUCGCUUGGAAAUCACUGUUCAUUGUUGUCCCAAACACAGGAAAGUUAAAAGAAAAAAAAAAAAAAGAUUUUGUUUUAAAGGAACCACUAUGGGCAACAUUCAGAACUCCUUCCAAGUGCCUCAAUUGAAAGCACGUAGUCCCCAUCAGACAGGCGACCCAAAUCUGCCAUUUGUUGUCAUGCGUUUGUUGAUCAUGACUGAGUGCAAGGGCCUGUUCAUUGCACUGCUUGCAGCUUGAAUUCAUUUUAUUGCCAGUGUGUUGUUUGGAUUCCUACAAACAUUUGCCCAAAGCCUUUAUGCGACUUACCUUUUUUUCAAUAACCUUAUUUGCUGUUCUGUGAGGUGAUGCUAGCAUGGCUAAAAACAUUGUACAUUGCAAGCCGCUUUAUUUAUUUUUCUCCCCUCCUUUUGAAAUGUUCAGGUCUUUUCUGCCGAGGCAAUCAAGCAUGCUGCAUGUGGACUUUUUGGCAUGAAAAUGGUCCAGUGGGUGCCGUCUUGUGAGUAGUUCAGCCAUUGAUUUAAAGAUUUGGGCAUAUGUGGGUCGCAAGUUCAUGCACAAGAGAUGGUUGACAGAUUGUCCGUGAAUACUUUGUGUUGGUUAAUGUAGUUUACAAGUUUUUCCCCCAACCUCCAAUUAGCCAAUCUAAAAAAUGUUUUCUUUGUAAGAAGUAGAAUUAAUAGUUUACCACAGCAAACAUGUUUUAAAAGAUGUUUUGGUGCGAUGCUCCCUACUUGUGGAACAUGCGGGAAGUUUCCAAAGAUUUUGUUUACCUGUAGUUGUGUGUAAAUGUUUGUUACAAUGAUUGGUACUCAAGUAUUUGAGUGAAAUGUUGGGACUUGACUAAUAAAGGUUGACGUGAAGA